GUUGUUAGGAUUAAUAUUUGUAUCUAGCUAUAGUUGUAGCGUAUAGCCUGUUUACGCAGUGUCCAUUUGUUUCUAUAUCUAUAUGUACCUACCUACAUACGUAUGCAUGUAUAGCGCAUCGCGCGGACCAAUAAACGUUAGUUAGCAACCGACCGUGUGCGUGUAUCAUUCUCUGAGUCCUAACCUCAAACCUAACAGUGACGACGAUGGCUAAAAUUUCGGUGGGCGUGUUGAGCAUAUUUAACCAUGAAACACACGACUGGAUAAUCUAUAAAGAUCGGUUGGAGCAGUGGUUCGUCGCAAAUGACAUUGCAGGAGAAACAGCGGAGGACAAAUCAGCAAGCGCUAAACGGCGUGCCAUACUCCUCAGCAGCUUAGCCGAAUGCACUUAUAAGUUAUUAAGAGACCUUGCUUUGCCAAAAGAACUCGGGAACUUAAACUACGCCGAUGUUGUGCUUUUGUUGGAUGGUCACUUCAAACCUAAAAUAUGUGGAUUUGCUGAGCGGAAUAGCUUCUACAGCGCCGUGCAGUCCGCUAAUGAAACCUUUUCGGAUUGGGCGGCCAGAGUACGAGGUUUGGCACUACAUUGUGGUUUCUCUGCAUCAACGCUCGACGACACCCUUCGCGACCGAUUUGUUUUAGGUAUGGUUCAGGGACCAGAACGCGAUAAGCUCUUCACUGAGGCGAUGUCUAGCCUCACAUUUUCCAGCGCUUUGCAAACGGCGGAAAAUGUUCGAAGCGCUCGAAAAGGCGCACGUGCCGGCGCAACCGGGGCCUCGGGCUCCAGCGCUGCCGACAACGAGCUUGGCGUACACAAGAUGGCGGCCAGCAGGGCGCCCGCCUCAGCAGGCGCGCGACCCACCGGUUCUACUGGCGCUUCCUGCACAAUCUGCGGCUACCGUGGACAUUCGGCAUCAGAUUGCAGAUUUGCUAACUCAAUUUGCGAUAAGUGUGGUUCUAAAGGACAUCUUAAGCGCGUGUGUCGUAAAAAGUUUCCAAACAAAAAAAUUAAUUUCGUCGAAUGCUGUUUGGAUAGUGGUGAUGAAGAAGGACUUGCAGACUAAAUAUUACGAUGGUAAAAGGAAUGUACAAUUUUGUAACGGAGAAACAGUGUUAGUUAAAGUUUAUAAAAACCAAAAAUCGUACUGGACGAUGGGAAUAAUAAUCAAACAAAUAGGUAAAACUAUAU